GCCAUAAGCCUCCACUUCUAUGCCAACACAUCCACACACAGACCAGUUCUAGCCCCAGAACCUCUCCUGACGUCACCGAACUUUUCUCCCAAUUAUCCAUUCCUAAAUUCCAUGUCACACCCAUUUUAUAUUUCUUUAUUAUAUAUAUAUUUUAUCUCACACUCGUAUACGUAUCCGUCUGUGUGUGUGUAUAUAUAUAGUUAAUUGGACGCGCAGUUUUCUUAUUAAGGCAUACUUUCAGAAAGAGAGUUGGAAAGGAUGAAGCUUCUUCACUCGGACCUGGCUUCUUGGGUCAGAGGCAAGUGUAUUGGGAAGGGCUCCUUUGGUACUGUCACGCUUGGAGUAAACCUACGUGACGGUGGCUUUUUUGCCGUGAAGUCCGUCGACAGGAACUCGGGUCUGCCCGGUCACCUCGAGGCGUUGGAGGACGAGAUUCGGAUCCUCCGAUCUCUGUCUUCGCCUUACGUCGUCCGAUUUCUCGGUGACGACGUGACGUUCGAGUUACCGACAACGUCGUGCCGGAACUUGCACUUGGAGUACUUGCCAGGUGGCACCGUGGCUGACGUGGCGAAACGGUGGGGCGAUGACGUGGACGAGCGGGUUGUACGGUCGCACGCCUGGUGUGUCGUCUCGGCGUUGCGGUACCUACACUCCAGGCGCAUUGUCCACUGCGACGUCAAGGGAAAGAACAUUCUGGUCGGCGCCGAUAUAAAUUUAGCCAAGCUUGCCGAUUUUGGCUCUGCAAUCGAUACCUCCGGAGAAGCGUCUAGGACUCCGAUUCUGCCACGCGGGAGUCCCCUGUGGAUGGCGCCGGAGGUAAUCAGGCGGGAAUUGCAGGGGCCUGAAUCCGACGUGUGGUCCCUGGGAUGCACGAUCAUCGAGAUGGUGACCGGAAAACCGGCGUGGGAGGAUCGCGGGGUGGACACACUGAGUAGAAUCGGAUUUUCGGACGACUUGCCUGAAUUCCCUACUCGGUUAUCCGAACUCGGUCGCGAUUUUCUCGAGAAGUGUCUAAGGAGAGAUCCUAGCAAACGGUGGAGCUGUGAUCAGCUGCUACAGCAUCCAUUUCUGUCUUCGUCGGCAUCGCCCUACACGGUUUUGACUGACUCAUCUCCCCGGUGCGUACUCGACUGGAUUAACUCAGAGUUCAACAACGAAGAUGAUGAAGAAGAGAACGAAAUGAGCCCGAGCCGCGGUUCCAAUACAGAGAACUACGAAGUCUCUGCUACGGAGAGAAUUGGUAAAUUAGCUACGACAUCAGGGGCAAAUUGGGAAUCCGAUGGUUGGGUGGCGGUAAGGGGUUUCCCAUGUGACGCAGAAGCAGAAGCAGGUGUGAGUUGUCGUGGAGACGAAGGGGAAGGGAAGAGUACGGAAUACCAGUAUUCAACGAGGGCAGAAGAAGAAUAUCAAAAUUAUGGUGGCGGACGGAGUUGGCGGAACGAGAACAAUUAUCCCGAGUGCGGGCUGUGGUGCGGUGCGUGCAGUCUCGAUUGGGAAGCUGGCUCGACGACCUGUCGUUUUGGGCCGCUGAGGUGUCAUGGGACACGCAGCAUUUACAGCUUGUGGAGUGUAUUGUUUACAUUAUUAUUGUCGUCAUUGUAUUUCACAUUAUUAGUAGUUAAUCAAUGGCUCUUCAUAUUCCUUCGCUUUUAUUCUUGGCCUCUAUUCCAAGCAUGUCAAUGUGAUUGGUCUAUUUGUUUUGAGUUCAUGCCUGAAGGUAAAAUCUGAAAUUUUGAAA